CCACCACCCCUACCACUACUACCACAACGUCUACUUCACCCCAUCGACCAGCGCCUCUACUUUCUGCCGUCAGUGACUGUGGCAGAUGCUGUUAUCAGAAGCUACCUUCGGAAUCUUUAAACUGUCUGUCACAGAAAGACCAAGCUCGUACACUUAAGCGAGAAAGAGGUGGCCCAUCGCUUUUCUACCAGGCAGCUAUACAUACAUAAUAUAUAUCAUAUAUAUAUAUAUAUAUAUAUAUAUAUAUAUAUUAUAUAUAAAUAUAUAUAUAUAUCGCAUAUAUAUAUAUAUAUAUAUAUAUAUAUAUAUAUAUAUAUAAAUAUAAAUAUAUAUCACAUAUCUAUCUAUCUAUCUCUACACAUCAUCUCUAUAUUUCUCAUACAACUUAUUAUCAACUAACUACCCGUUUCAUAUCCAGAAUAAAAAAAGUCAGGAUGAUCCAGCACUGGCUGUGUAUGCCUUUGAAAGAUUCAUGGAUGUCUCGGCGUCGCCACUUCUCUCAGUCAAUGUCGCACACACAACUACACACGCUUAUCUUCGUCACCUUUAUGUGCCUAUUCGUCAGGUGUUGCACUAGCAGUGCAACACCACUCGACUACAAAUACAGCGUUUUCAUGGACGGGGGCUCCACAAGUACUAAACUCAGGGUAUACAAAUGGCAGACACCCAGUUCACGAGACGACAUACCACACUUCACUCAGAUCAGUGUGUCUCGUCAUACCCCGGGUAUCAGCGAAUACAGUGACAACCUCACAGCUAUAGCAUCCUAUAUUCGGCCCAUGAUUCACGAGUCGAUGGAACUCGUGCCAAAAGAUCUCCACAAAAUAACUCCGAUAUAUUUCAUGGCCACAGCUGGUCUGAGAGUAUUAAAAGGACAAAUGUCACUGAAAAUUAUCAGGCAGCUGAACAUGUUCCUAGAAAAUUCAGAAAACAACCCCUUUCUUUUCCGGCGAGGACAGGCACAAGUCCUCUCUGGUGAAGAAGAAGCGGUGUUUGCUUGGAUUGCAGUCAACUACCUCCGUGGUUUCUUCCAUAAACAAGAGAACACCAGUGUGGGAGUUCUCGAAAUGGGUGGCGGUUCCACGCAAAUCGUUUUCGUUCCUAAAACGCCUAUCUACGCCAACAAGUUUAUCGCCCAUAUUGGUUCCACUUACUACCAUACCUACGCACACAGUUAUCUAAAUUUUGGACAAGCUUAUCUAAUCGAACGAGUCCAAGAUCAUCUUCUUCAGCAAAGCGGUACAAAUGACAGUGUCUUAGACCCGUGUCGCCUAAGGGGUGACAACACAACAGUCAGCGACGAAAACGGCCGAUCUAUAGUAAUGAUCGGAAACGGAAACGCAGAAAGCUGCCGGGAAAUUCUAGAAGACUUCUUGAACAAACAGCCGCCGUCCGAUUGCAGUCCGAAACCGUGUAGUAUAGGUACCACUUAUCAAUCUCCGCUUGGUGAUACCAUAUUCUACGCCGUUUCUGCCUUUGUUUAUCCAACCAAUCAAAUCAAUUCCACAGACGCCGAUGAACGUCUUAACAUGGAUCUGAUGAUUAAAAAUACGAAAACCUAUUGUGAAAUGACGAUAGAUGAGGCUGUUGAAGUGACUGGUGCUAAUCCCAAAUAUGCCUCGAACAAUUGUAUCAGCGGAGUGUUUAUACCAUUACUUCUGAAGAACGCUUAUGGCUUUCCUCAAAACACAACCUCAAUUUAUAUGAAGAAAAAAAUCAACAAUAAAUCACCAGAUUGGUCGCUUGGUGCACUUAUUUACCAGUCAGAGCAGAAACGAGACGAAUGUGAGGUGCCGAGUCUAACUGCACCCACAACUACUAUAACCAACUCCGGGUCCCUAAAGCUGUCCCUAACGAACGGAAUGACAGCCAUAUUUGCUGUGUUUAUAUUUCAUCUGUAUUUCUUGUGUCCUCUCUUAUGAUAAAUAAAAAAAAAUUCUUUGGUAUUUAA